GGCGCGAGAGAUCCGUGAAACCGGGCACGGGAACCACGUCCACUCGUUCCGGGGCGCCUCCCUCCUCUCCUCCGCCUCUGUUUCUUUGGGCUCUCUCGUCGCUUCCACUCCACUCCGCCCUCCUCGCGCCGCGCCCAUCCCGACGCCACCGCCCCCCUAGAAAACAAACACCGACGGAAGCGAUCGCCGCCCACCACCUGUUCGGCGGAUUGACACCCAUGGCGUCGCUCGACCCCUCGCUCGCCACCGCCGCCGCCAGGCCGCGCCUCGCCGCUCCCCCGCCGUCCUCCGCGUCCGCGGCCGCGCUGCUGCUGCCGCGGGCCGGCGCCCUCCUCCCGGGGAGACGGAGGCUGAGCGGCAGGUUCUCGUGCCGCGCCGGAUCCGCCGCCUCGGAGAUAACAAAGGAGAAAAGCAGAGCAGAUCCUUCAAAGUCGGGUUCGGUGCUGCUCCAGGUUUGUUUAGAGCACCAGGUUAAGUAUGGUGAGCAUGUUGGUAUCAUAGGUUCGGCAAAGGAGCUUGGGGCAUGGAAGCAACACGUCGAACUGGAUUGGACACAGGAUGGCUGGGUCUGCCAGCUGGAGCUCCCCAGCGAAGCACUUGUGGAGUUCAAGUUUGUGAUAGUUUCGAAAGGAGGAAAUGACAAGACAUGGGAGGGUGGUGACAACCGUGCCAUUCAGCUGCCAAAAGGUGGUACACUUGAUAUAGCGUGCAACUGGGAUAAGACAGAAGAGCCUUUAGGUCCUUCGGGAACACCAAAGGUUGAUAGAGCACCCAAACAUGUUGUUCCACAAACGGCUGGAGAUGUUUCAGCUGCCAGUUCAGCGCCGGGGACUGACUCGAGCUCAUUUGGUGGGCAAUGGCAAGGCAGCGAAGCUGUUUUCAUGAGGUCAAAUGAGCAUGGGAAUAAGUCGAGUGACAGGAUGUGGGAUACAGCCGGGCUUGGUGGAAUGGCACUGAAAUUGGUUGAGGGUGAUAAAUCGUCUAAGAACUGGUGGCAGAAGUUAGAUCUUGUUCGCCGGCUUGUGUCAGAACCUGUUGAUGACCAAAGUAGAUUGGAGGCUCUUAUAUGCUCUGCUAUUUAUUUGAAGUGGAUUUAUACAGGUCAGAUAUCUUGUUCCGAAGAUGGCGGUCAUUACCGACCCAACAAACAUGCUGAGAUAUCGAGGCAAAUUUUCCGUGAACUUGAAAAGAUGUACUACACAAAAGGCAUAUCACCUGAGGAUGUGCUUGUGAUUCGCAAGAUUCAUCCUUGUUUACCUUCCUUUAAGUCAGAGUUUACUGCCACUGUCCCUCUAACACGAAUUCGUGAUAUUGCUCAUCGCAAUGACAUCCCACAUGAGCUCAAGCAAGAAAUCAAGCAUACCAUACAAAACAAGCUUCACCGAAGUGCUGGCCCUGAGGAUCUUGUUGCUACAGAAGCCAUGCUUACUAGGAUUACAAAGAACCCUGGAGAAUACAAUGGAGCUUUUGUCGAACAAUUCCAAAUAUUUUAUAGCGAACUAAAAGACUUCUUUAAUGCCGGCAGCCUGUUUGAACAACUGGAAUCCAUCAAGGAAUCUUUGAAUGAUUCUGGCUUAGAAGCACUGUCAUCAUUUGUCAAAACCAAACAGAGUUUGGACCAAGUGGAUGCUGCGAACAUUCAAGUUGUGAUGAAGACCUUGCAGUCAUUGUCUUCAUUGAGAUCAGUUCUAAUGAAGGGCCUUGAAAGUGGCCUUAGAAAUGAUGCGACUGAUGCCGGUAUAGCAAUGCGACAAAAGUGGCGCCUUUGUGAGAUUGGUCUUGAGGAUUAUUCUUUUGUUUUGUUAAGCAGAUAUAUCAAUGGUCUUGAAGGUUCAGGUGGAUCAGCUUCACUUGCACAAUGUGUGGCUGGAAAUACAAGUGUAUGGGACGAUACCCUUGAUGCCCUUAUUAUUGGCGUCAAUCAAGUUAGCUUUUCAGGUUGGAAGCCAGAGGAAUGCAUUGCUAUAGGGAAUGAGCUUCUUUCUUGGAAGGAAGGUCUAUGUGAAAGUGAAGGCAGUGAAGACGGCAAGUAUAUUUGGGCACUAAGACUUAAAGCUACACUUGAUAGAGCAAGGAGAUUAACGGAAGAGUAUUCUGAAGCACUUCUUUCUGUAUUCCCUGAAAAUGUCAAGGUCCUUGGGAAUGCCCUUGGAAUACCAGAGAACAGUGUGAGAACUUACACUGAGGCUGAAAUUCGUGCUGGUGUUAUUUUUCAGGUCUCCAAACUUUGCACUGUACUUUUGAAAGCUGUUCGAGUAGUAAUUGGAUCGUCCGGCUGGGAUGUUCUUGUUCCUGGAGUAGCCCAUGGAGCCCUGAUACAGGUAGAAAGAAUCAUUCCUGGAUCAUUGCCUUCAUCCAUCAAAGGACCUGUGGUUCUACUUGUAAAUAAGGCUGAUGGAGAUGAAGAGGUUAAAGCUGCUGGCGAUAAUAUAGUGGGUGUUAUUCUUCUACAAGAGUUACCUCACCUAUCACAUCUUGGUGUUAGAGCUCGUCAAGAGCAAGUUGUAUUUGUAACUUGUGAAGAUGAUGAGAAAAUUGCAGAUAUGAGGUUGCUUGAGGGAAAACAUGUCAGGUUGGGAGCAUCAUCCAGUGAUGUUGAGUUGUCAGUUUCAGAUGGAAAUGUCAGCGACAUAUCUUCAGAGCCAGCCAUUAUACAGAAACCAUCAAAUUCGUUCUCUUCACCACUGGCUACAGACGAGUUGUCGAACGUGUCUGAGCCCAAAAGCUAUACUUCAGGCGAAAAUGGUAGUUCCAGUGUUCUGGAGCUUGCAGAAGCAUCAGUUGAAUCAUCUGGUGCUAAAGCUAAAGCUUGUGGAACUCUUUCUGUGCUGGCCUCACUGUCAAAUAAAGUUUACAACGAUCAAGGAAUUCCAGCAGCAUUCAAAGUUCCUUCUGGGGCUGUGCUUCCAUUUGGAUCAAUGGAGGAUGCCCUCAAGAAAAGUGGAUCACUGGAAUCGUUUACAAGCCUUCUAGACAAGAUUGAGACAGCUGAAAUCGAAAAUGGUGAACUCGACACCCUAUCAUCCGAGCUACAAGCAAUAGUCUCGCUACUUUCACCAACCGAAGAAGCCAUCAAAUCCCUGAAAAUAAUCUUCCCCGAGGACGGACGGCUGAUCGUCAGGUCCAGCGCCAAUGUGGAAGACCUGGCCGGGAUGUCAGCUGCAGGGCUCUAUGAGUCCAUCCCCAAUGUCAGCCUCUCAGACCCAACCAACUUCGGGUCCGCAGUAGCGCGGGUCUGGGCCUCCCUGUACACUCGGAGGGCCAUCCUCAGCCGCCGGGUGGCUGGCGUGCCCCAGGGGGACGCCAAGAUGGCCGUCCUGGUGCAGGAGAUGCUGGAGCCGGAGCUCUCUUUCGUGCUCCACACCGUCAGCCCCUCAGAUCACGACACCAGGGUCGUCGAGGCCGAGGUAGCUCCGGGGCUGGGCGAGACCCUCGCCGCGGGCACCCGCGGCACCCCGUGGCGUCUCUCCUGCGACAAGUUUGACACCGACGUCGCCACCCUGGCCUUCGCCAACUUCAGCGAGGAGAUGCGGGUGCUCAGCUCGGGCCCCACCGACGGUGAGGUGGUGAAGCUCACCGUCGACUACAGCACGAAGCCGCUGUCCGUUGAUCGGACCUUCAGGCAGAAGUUCGGGCAGCGGCUCGCCGCCGUGGGGCAGUACCUGGAGCAGAGGUUCGGGAGCGCCCAGGACGUGGAGGGCUGCAUGGUCGGGGAGGACAUCUACAUAGUGCAGAGCAGGCCACAGCCGCUGUAGAGUCAUCAUCAGUAAGAAUUAAGAUGAGCGAAGUUUUGUUAGGUGAAUAAAAAUUUGCCGAAAAUCCUAUGGGUUUUGUAAUACGCGUGGGGUAAAAUAAAUCGGGUAUGAGUCCCCCCGCCGGCGAAAUUAACUGAUCUGAAUAAUGGUUCGAAUUGUAUUUAACUUCUUGGGAUGUGAACAAUGAUUUUGUUGGAAA